AUGUCUGCUGCUACUAAAAAACCUCAAUCUAAAAAACAUUCUGGAAAAAAACAAAGACAUUACCUUACAGAAUAUAUCAUAACUACUGAUGAAUAUGUUAAUCCUAUAAAGCCGAGUGAUAAGUUUUGUUAUUGUCAACCUUGGUUUGAAGCUUCAAAUUCUGAAAAUACUUCGGCAAAGGAAUUAGGUAAAAUUGCAUGCUGUAUUUUUGAAAUUUGUAUUAAUUCUGACUUUGUUGAAAGGCUUUUUUCUUGCAUGGGUUUGCCUCAGAAAGUACUUCAAAUGAGCCAGCUUUAUGCUACUAUGAAUUAUUAUCAUUGGUUAAAAGAAAUUGAAAUAUUAAUAGACAAGUAUAAACAAAAUAAUAGUGCUUCACCUUUACCAACAUUUGAUAAAAAUUCUAAUAACAAUUCUGACAAAGAAGCAGAUAAAACAGAUGAAGACAUGGAUAAAGAAAAAGAAAACCAAGAUAAUGAAGACUUAUAG